AUGGGCGUCGAAAAUGCUGAAGUAAAGGCGGAAUACAACCCCUAUGAACACAGGAAAGUGGAAAAACCGACAUCAGAUAUACGAUCAACAGCUAACUUAAUCAAAGCCUCCCUGGGCUCUGGUUUGUUGGCUGGUCCACUGGCGUUCUCCAACGCAGGAUGGGGCGUUGGACUGUUUGGCACAUUACUCGUCGGUGUAAUAUGUGGGCACUGCAUUCAUAUAUUAGUGAGGACGUCGCAACAAUGCUGUGUUAUAGAAAAGAAACCUUCACUAGGUUACGCAGAAACUUGCAAAGCUGCCUUCAUGAAUGGACCGAAAGGUGCUAGAAGAUUUGCGAAUUUUGCGAGUAUUUUUGCUGAAUUCGCUCUACUGUUUACGUAUGCGGGAGUAUGCUGUAUCUAUACUGUAUUGAUAUCAGAUUCAGUAAAACAGUUGGUGGAUCGCUACGCUCCAUCCACCAUCUUACCAGUAGAGUACUAUUGUCUUAUAAUACUAGUACCAAUAAUAUUACUAUGUCAGAUCAAGUACCUCAAGUUCCUCGCGAUAUUCUCCGGGAUCGCCAACAUUUUACUGUUUACCGUAUAUAUUGUAUGUCUGUACUAUAUCUUUGGAGGAGAAUUAACGUUCGAAGGAAAACAGGCUGCCGGAGAUCCUGCCAGAUAUCCGGCAUUUUUAUCGACAGUAAUAUUCGCAAUGGAAGGUGUUGGAGUAGUGAUGCCAAUUGAGAACACAAUGAAGAAGCCACAGAACUUCUUGGGUUGUCCAAGUGUGCUGGUGGUAGCCAUGGGAGCUAUCGUCUUCCUCUACGGAACUCUUGGCAUGUUUGGAUACCUCCGUUAUGGCGACGUGUUAAGAGGUUCUAUCACUCUUAACCUUCCUACUGAUGAAUGGCCAGCAGUAUUAGCCAAGGUUUCUAUAGCGUUAUCAAUAUUCCUGACAUACCCACUGCAAUUCUACGUGGUCAUUGAUAUCUUCACGAGGUACACUCAGCCUCAUAUAAAGGAGAACUAUCAGCAGAUAAUUCAAAUAGUGGCCAGGACUGUGGGAGUGUGCUGUUGUGUGGGUAUAGGAAUGGCGCUUCCCCUACUGGAGCAAAUCCUCAACAUAGUUGGAGCACUGUUCUACUCUAUCCUUGGCCUUGUGAUCCCCAGUGUCAUAGAAACUGUCUUCAAAUGGGAGAACCUGGGUAAAUGGAACUGGAUACUGUGGAAGAAUGGAUUCAUCUUCUUAUUCGGAAUGUUCAGCCUCUUGUCAGGAUGUACCGUCACAAUCAUGGAUAUAAUCAAGAUUCUGAAUGAGAAAACUGAAUAA